AUGAAGACCACAUCCGUGAUCCGUUUCGCCGCUUUGGCAGCGGUACUGCUCGCCUCGACAAAUGUCGAUGCCUAUUGCAGCGCCAGCUCCAAACGCAUGGACUGGAGUGCAGUAGCGGGCAUGGUUGACUGCGAGAAAAUAUUAUGUGUCAUAAACUUGGUCACCUCUGGCGAAUUUACUAUGACGGGAGUCAUGAAAUGUAUUACAGGAUUUGGAAGAUUUGAGGAAAAUCGUAUUGCGACAUUUGCUAUGUUUCAAAGCGAGUUACAUUCUGUCACUUUCGACAUCAAAAACGAUAAUAAUGUGGGUGGAAAGGGGAAGAUCAUGAACUCAGCGCUGAGCUCGGGACAGUGGGUGCGAGAUGAUCAAAAAGUGUACACAGUCAACAACAUUGUUUUCAACCAGAUAAAAUCGGCCGAAUUUAAAGCGGUAAGCACAGAUGAAGAAAAUUCAGAAGGCGUUAAGGGAUCUUUCGAGAUCCACUUAGAUGGAAGCGGGAUCGCCGAAGUUAGCUUCGAAUUACCGUAUUUCGGCCCCAACACGAUAGAGAUUAGCCCUAUAAACAAACGCUAUGUGUGCAAAGUAACUGGUUGGCAAGCUAGUGGAUCUCCUGAGGCUUCCAUAGUUUGCUAUAAAAUCGGUACUAAUUAA